AUGCGGGGACUCCUGGCGCCUCAGAACACCUUCCUGGACACCAUCGCCACGCGCUUCGACGGCACGCAUAGUAACUUCGUGCUGGGCAACGCCCAGGUGGCGGGGCUCUUCCCCGUGGUCUACUGCUCUGAUGGCUUCUGCGACCUCACGGGUUUCUCCCGGGCUGAGGUCAUGCAGCGGGGCUGUGCCUGCUCCUUCCUCUAUGGGCCAGACACCAGUGAGCUCGUCCGCCAACAGAUCCGAAAGGCCCUGGAUGAGCACAAGGAGUUCAAAGCUGAGCUGAUCCUAUACCGGAAGAGCGGGCUCCCGUUCUGGUGUCUCCUGGAUGUGAUACCCAUAAAGAAUGAGAAGGGGGAAGUGGCCCUCUUCCUAGUCUCUCACAAGGACAUCAGUGAUACCAAGAACCGAGGGGGCCCUGACAGCUGGAAGGAGAGAGGUGGUGGCCGGCGCCGAUAUGGCAGGGCAGGGGCCAAAGGCUUCAAUGCCAACCGACGACGGAGUCGGGCUGUGCUCUACCACCUGUCUGGGCACCUGCAGAAGCAGCCCAAGGGGAAGCACAAGCUCAAUAAGGGGGUGUUUGGGGAAAAGCCAAAUUUGCCAGAGUACAAAGUAGCCGCCAUCCGGAAGUCACCUUUCAUCCUGCUGCACUGUGGGGCGCUGAGGGCCACUUGGGACGGCUUCAUCCUGCUUGCCACCCUCUAUGUGGCCGUCACCGUGCCCUACAGCGUGUGCGUGAGCACAGCCCGGGAACCCAGCGCCGCCCGGAGUCCCCCCAGUGUCUGUGACCUGGCUGUGGAAGUCCUCUUCAUUCUUGACAUUGUGCUGAAUUUCCGCACCACGUUCGUGUCCAAGUCAGGCCAGGUGGUGUUUGCCCCAAAGUCCAUUUGCCUCCACUACGUUACCACCUGGUUCCUGCUGGAUGUCAUUGCAGCGCUGCCCUUCGACCUGCUCCACGCCUUCAAGGUCAACGUGUACGUCGGGGCGCACCUGCUGAAGACAGUGCGCCUGCUGCGCCUGCUGCGCCUGCUCCCGCGGCUGGACCGCUACUCCCAGUACAGCGCCGUGGUGCUGACCCUGCUCAUGGCCGUGUUCGCCCUGCUCGCCCACUGGGUGGCCUGCAUCUGGUUCUACAUCGGCCAGCGGGAGAUCGAGAGCAGCGCCUCCGAGCUGCCUGAGAUUGGCUGGCUGCAGGAGCUGGCCCGCCGACUGGAGACCCCCUACUACCUGGUGGCCCGGAGCCCGGCUGUAGGGAACAGCUCUGGCCAGAGUGACAACUGUAGCAGCAGUGGCAGCGAGGCCAACAGGACGGGUCCGGAGCUCCUGGGCGGCCCCUCACUACGCAGCGCCUACAUCACCUCCCUCUACUUCGCACUCAGCAGCCUCACCAGCGUGGGCUUUGGCAACGUGUCCGCCAACACGGACACGGAGAAGAUCUUCUCCAUCUGCACCAUGCUCAUCGGCGCCCUGAUGCACGCGGUGGUGUUUGGGAACGUGACGGCCAUCAUCCAGCGCAUGUACGCCCGCCGCUUUCUGUACCACAGCCGCACCCGCGACCUGCGCGACUACAUCCGCAUCCACCGCAUCCCCAAGCCCCUCAAGCAGCGCAUGCUCGAGUACUUCCAGGCGACCUGGGCUGUGAACAACGGUAUCGACACCACCGAGCUGCUGCAGAGCCUCCCAGACGAGCUCCGUGCAGACAUUGCCAUGCACCUACACAAGGAGGUCCUGCAGCUGCCCCUGUUCGAGGCGGCGAGCCGCGGCUGCCUGCGGGCGCUGUCCCUGGCCCUGCGGCCCGCCUUCUGCACGCCUGGCGAGUACCUCAUCCACCAGGGGGACGCCCUCCAGGCCCUCUACUUCGUCUGCUCCGGCUCCAUGGAGGUGCUCAAGGGCGGCACAGUGCUCGCCAUCCUAGGGAAGGGCGAUCUAAUCGGCUGUGAGCUGCCCCGGCGCGAGCAGGUGGUCAAGGCCAAUGCCGAUGUGAAGGGGCUGACAUACUGUGUCCUGCAGUGUCUGCAGCUGGCCGGAUUGCACGAGAGCCUCGCACUGUACCCUGAGUUUGCCCCGCGCUUCAGCAGGGGCCUCCGGGGGGAGCUCAGCUACAACCUGGGUGCUGGUGGAGGCCCCGCAGAGGUGGACACUAGCUCGCUGAGUGGCGACAACACCCUCAUGUCCACACUGGAGGAGAAGGAGACAGAUGGGGAGCAGGGCCCCACAGCCUCACCAGCCCCAGCUGAUGAGCCCUCCAGCCCCCUACUGUCCCCCAGCUGCACCUCCUCAUCCUCAGCCGCCAAGCUGCUAUCCCCGCGUCGAACCGCACCCCGGCCCCGGCUCGGUGGCAGAGGGCGGCCAGGCAGGGCAGGGGCUUCGCAGGCUGAGGCUGGCCCCUCUGCUCACCCUCGGAGCUUAGAGGGGCUGCGGCUGCCCCAUGUGCCAUGGAAUGUGCCCCCGGAUCUGAGCCCCAGGGUAGUAGAUGGCAUUGAGGAUGGCUGUGGCUCCGACCAACCCAAGUUCUCUUUCCGUGUGAGGCAGUCUGGCCCAGAAUGUAGCAGCAGCCCCUCUCCUGGACCAGAGAACAGCCUGCUCACUGUCCCCCUUGGGCCCAGCGAGGUGAGGAACACAGACACGCUGGACAAGCUUCGGCAGGCGGUGACAGAGCUGUCUGAGCAGGUGCUGCAGAUGCGGGAGGGGCUGCAGUCCCUUCGCCAGGCAGUGCAGCUGGUCCUGGCGCCCCAUGGGGAGGGCCCGUGUCCUCAGGCGUCGGGAGAGGGGCCUUUCCCGGCUGGUGCCUCUGGGCUCCUGCAGCCUCUGUGUGUGGACACUGGGACAUCGUCCUACUGCCUACAGCCCCCGGCUGGCUCUGUCUUGAGUGGGACCUGGCCCCACCCUCGUCCAGGGCCACCUCCUCUUGUGGCACCCUGGCCCUGGGGCCCCCCAGCAUCGCAGAGCUCCCCCUGGCCUCGAGCCAGCUUUUGGACCUCCACCUCUGACUCGGAGCCCCCAGGCUCAGGAGAACUAUGCCCCGAGCCCAGCACCCCUGGCUCACCGCCUCCUGAGGAAGGGACUAGGACUGGGCCCCCAGAGCCUGUGAACCAGGCUGAGGCUGCCAGCACUGGAGAGCCCCCACCAGGGUCAGGGGGCCUAGCCUUGCCAUGGGAACCCCAUAGCCUGGAGAUGGUGCUUAUUGGCUGCCAUGGCUCUGGCACAGUCCAGUGGACCCAGGAAGAAGGCACAGGAGUCUGACCUCUAGCUACAGAACUCAGUGUUGCCAGACAUGCUGCCAUCUGCUGCUCUGCCCAACCUCGGGGUGGAGGAAAGGUGGCAGCCACCCUCCAGGACUCCAUGCUGCCCGCUGGCUCUGGGCAGGGAGCCCAAGAGCAAAGCUGGGCUCUCAGAGGGUGGGCUGGAAUUUCAGGGGCAGGCCCCAGGCUAGGAAUCUUUGGGUUCCUUCUCCUGGGGCCCUUCCUUACCUCAGUCUGCUCCUCUGACUGCCUCAUCUCCCUCUGCAGGCUGGGGGACAGAGGCCUGAGGCCAAAGAGGGGGUUCUGCCAUCCCCUGCAUGUGCCCCUGCCUUACCUGUCCCCCCGUUUUUUAUAUUACAAAAAUAAACUACUUUGGAA